UAAAAAAUUAAAAAAUUUAAGUAAAAGGGAAAAGUCGGAAUAAAACAAAUACUAUUCAAUUUGUAAAAAAGAGAAACGCAAUAAAAUAAGCAAUAAUUCGCGAUUAUUAAGCCUGCGCUAUAAAACUAGUGAUACAAGUGAUAUAAGACCUAAUAAAAAAUCACAUCUUAUUAAAAUGACGUUUGUUUAUCAAGGAGAUACCGAUUUGGAAGCUAAAGCUAAAAAAGCUGCCGAACGAAUCUCCGAAAACAUGCAUAUCGUAGCCAAUGAGCCUUCCCUAGCCCUGUACAGGCUACAAGAACAUGUGAGGAAGGCUCUGCCACCCAUGGUGGAGCGCAGAGUAGAAGUCACAAAGCUACAGCACGAGCUUCAGGGGCGGUGCUAUGAUGUGGAGUAUGCAUUGAGUGCAGUAAAAUCAAUGGACAGUGCAGCAACCAGCUUCACGAACAUACAGGAAAUGCUCAAACAAUCCAUAUUUCUAAAACAGCAACUAAAAUACGAGGAGGGUAGGAGAAAUAAAAAAGAUUCCAGUUCCGUUUACAAACGUCUCUCAGCACACAUUGUUUUAGACUUACCCGAUCUUUCAGAGUUCUCUAUGGUUAGGGAGACUACUCAUCGGAUAGAAAAUAUGAUGGCUCACGCCAGGGGAUCUUCGGCUGAGUUGCAUAGGUCUCAUACUACAUUGCAUUGAAUUAUGGUGAAGAUCAGCUAUAUAUAUACUCAAUCUUUAUUUUAAUGACAGAGGACCUCGUAGUUGCCUCAAGAUGAAUUUGCUUAAAAGUGAAAUUUGGAUGGCAAAGUUUUGUUGGUUUUGAGAUUAUAAUUUGUGGAAGUGGACAUUCUAGGUUGUUAAACGUCCGGCCUGUGUAACCACUAAACAUUAGAAUCUAUACUUUUCUCAACCAAAUUGAUCUCUCUUUUCGGAACUUACUUAUAAUUAUUUAUUAGCCGGGUCCACACUGAGCGAGCAUACGCGCGAGGCAAUUUCCUCACGCACGCUCGCUCAGUGUGGACCCGGCUAUUAAGCAGGAUCAUUUUGGUCGUAAUGGUAAUUACUAAAUAAUAUUUUUGCCAUCUUCCCAGUGGUAACAAAUGAGAAAUAAGUUCCAGCUUGGUCCCAUUCAAUUCUGAAUAUGAGGAUAGUGUAUUACUAGACAAGAAAUCUUUUUACAAGCUUUUAUUUACUUUCACCUGACCAUUGUCUGUUUGUAAUCAAAUCUUGCAAGUUAAAUUUGAUCCACUUCCGCUGAAGCUGAAAAUUUGCAUACAUAUGUAAGUCGGGUGACAAUGCAAUAUUAUGGUACCAUCGAGAUGAUCUGAUGGUGGAGACAGGAGGUGGCCAUAGGAACUCUGUGGUAAAACAACGUAACCUAAUUGUGUUUGGGGUUUUUAGAAUUGUCUCGAUGAGUAUUAGUAACUUGUGGAAAGAAAAGUACAGUCAGCGAUAAAAGCUUGUACCAAAAAUGAUUUUUUUUGCCAAAAACUUAUUUUAAACCUUAGACCGCAAAAGACGUCAAUAAACGCGCUCAAUAACAACCUUCGUGCAUUCCGAUAAGGUUCACGAUGACGCGCCGCAGGCGGCGUUAGGGGUGGGCGACGUGGGCCACCGUCAACGGCCUCGCGGUCCGAGGGGCCUCGCGCUUCAAAUACGUCGGACACAACGUAAAAAUGUUCGUUAUUUCUUGUGCCACCAGAGGGCCUCGCUAAAUGUACCUUGCCCACAUAAAAUUUUGGUCGUGCCCCGCCACUGCCGCUCACGAUAGGCGUGGCGUUGAAAGAAAAAUCCCGUAACAGGAUAAUAAGUAGUUAUGGUUGCUCUUCCUUCCUGUACUCGGUACUCGAAAAAUGGCCUAAAGCGAGGCGUAGACUAGCAAGAUCUUGCAUGCAAUUUACGUUGCAUUGCCGACUACCAAGAUAACUUAUUCAGAAGUUUGAUCAGAUACCGCAAUGUAAUCAAAAUUGCAUCAAGUUCUCGCUAGCCUAUACCUCGCUUAAGAAAACCCGCAGCCUGCUUCAACAGACCCUGUCAUAUUCACUGUGGAGAAGUAGUAAAAAGUUUAUGUGAAUCUAGUGGUUAGAAUUUAUAGUGGGAGGUUACGUACAGAUCGAUUUCAGGUAAUGAUUAUUCACGGAAAAUUGCACCAUGAGCGUGGCAUGAAAGUUUGUGUUUUGUAUUACUUUUAACUCCUUUCUUUAUACUUCCGCUUAUAUAAAACUUGCAAGGUUUCAUUAAAUGGUAUUCAGGGCCUCCCAACGCUGUUUGCGCCUAGCUCUCUUGCCAAAAAUCAUGGUAAAAAUAAAGCUUUCUACGCCCCUUUUCAUCUUGCUGUGUUCUCAGUUAGUGGGGUGCUUCCCAUAAGAGAGAUACCACAAUACGGUAGACACAUAUGGAGAUAUCAUAGUAUACGAGUAUAAGUGCAACCCUGAUUUAACAUGUUAACUCUACCAAUCUGAACUGUUAACCUUACAGCUUUGAAUAGUCUCAUUUUUCAUUUUGGCCAAUCCACUUCACAGCGUAUUUAAGAAUACAAAAAUUUUAGCUGUUAUUGUACUUGCUAUCUUUUGUUCAUAGAGAUAGAAUCGACAAUCAUACGUGAUUUUACCCUUUAGGUAAAGAUAAAGACAGUUUAUUUUCCAUUUCUUUUAAGAAGGCAUAUUACAAUGUGCAUAUGAACAUCAAAUAAAGCUACGCCGGCUCUGACCCGACCAGGAGGGUAUCCCAAUAUGGGACCGGCAAGAAACUCGGCGGCUUUGUAUUCUUAAGUACACUGUUAAGUAAGUUAGCCAAAAAGAAAUCGAAACACUAUAUGUAGCGGCUUGCCGUGGCCCAUAUAUACGAGGCACGGGCAGUGAACGUGUGUCAGAAUAUUGCUAAAUGAUUUUUCGGUUUGUGACAAUAUGAACGAGGUAAAUGUGUUAUUAUUCAUGGGUUCAUUAAUAUUCUACCAACCAAUUUGAUUCCUAAGCCGCUAUAGAACCUUGUCGCUGUAGCAUACUAGAUUCAUAACAUGCAUCAUUCAAUAAGCACUGUCGUGGAAGAUAAACAAAUUUAUUAAUUAUGACAUGGUUUUAUAGUAGCCUGGGAAUCAAAUUGGUUGAUUUUACCUACCAGUGGCGGUGCGUUCAUGGAACUCGCUUCCAAAAUAUUUUUAUGAUUAGAAAUUCCGUAAAGGUAUUUUCUUUCUACAUAUUAUUAUCCAAUAUAAUACUUAUAUAAAUUAUUCUUACGCGCAGCCUCUGGUACAUACGUACCUAAAUUUAUAAUAACCAUCUUGAUGCCUAUAUUGCCUAUGUCCAUUUGGUCUGUGGUUGAGUUCCUGGUUACAAAUAGGUACAAUUUAUUGGUGUGCUUUCUAAGUCUUCUAAUACUGUGGCUUUCUGUAUAUGCUAACAAUUCUUGUCGAAGGGAAAGUAAACAAUGUAACACAAAAA